AUGUCGAUUACUUCAUCAAGACUACCAACUGUCGCCGGCGACGAUGAUUUUCUGGCAAUAACGAAACAGCUUUGUGCAGAAUCACGCCAGCGCCAAAUCAUCCCGAUCGUGGGGAUGGGUGGCAUCGGAAAGACUACUCUUGCUAGAAAUGUUUACCACGAUCCUUCAAUUCAGGCCCUCUUUGAUAUCUGUGGUUGGGUCACAGUAUCUCAAUCUUAUAGCGAUGAAGAAGUUCUUUCAACUCUCCUGCGAUCCUUUAAACCAGAGGUGAAAGGAGUCGAAGAGAGCCAUGGAUCCAUGGGAACCAAGGUGUCCCAAACAUUAAUGAAGAGGAAGUAUCUCAUUGUAAUGGAUGAUAUUUGGGAUAUCGGCGUAUGCGAUGAUCUAAGUGUGAUAUUUCCCGACGAUGGAAAUGGAAGCCGAAUCAUAUUAACCACAAGGCUGCAGGAUGUGGCUACUUAUGGCGCAAAUAGCAGCCCUCCUCAUGAGAUGCAGUUGAUGCAUGAGGAUCAAAGUUGGGAGCUAUUCCGGCAAAAGGUGUUUAUGAAUAGAGUUUGUGACCGGGAACUUAAAGACAUUGGCAUGGCCAUUGCAAGAAGCUGUGGAGGAUUGCCUCUAGCAAUUGUGGUGACAGCAGGGCUACUUUCCACGGUGGACAGGGCUCGAGCCUCGUGGGAGGAAUUCGCGGAGAAAGUGAAGACAGUCGUUGCUGCAAGAGACGGGCCGCUUGAGAAGAUCCUGUCUUUGAGCUACACAGACUUGCCUCGUCACUUGAAGCAAUGUUUCGCAUACAUGGGAGGUUUCCCAGAGGAUCGCGACAUCCAUGUAGAGAAACUCAUCAAGUUAUGGAUAGCUGAGGGUUUCAUUAAUGACGCCACUAGUGCACCCAAAAGCUUGGAAGAGGUGGGAGAAGAGUGUUUGCAGGAUCUCAUCAAAAGAAGUCUAGUUUUUGAUGGAAGGAAGAAUCUUCAUGGCAAAAUCAAAAGCUGCAGACUCCACGAUCUGAUUAGGGAUUUGUGCAAGGAAAAAGCUGAUCAAGACAAGAUUCCUCUAUACGACACAAAUGUCCAUGGAACUCUUGUAGAAACAACUCUCGAAGAUGUUGAACGUCUCAGAGUCUUAGAGUGGGGUGGUGCUGAUCAAGGAUUAUUAUCAACGUCACAAAUUUUUUCUUGGCUUUCUGGUUUGAGAUACCUUGUGCUGGACUGUUUGGUGGAGCUUCCUGCAGCCGUGUCAAACCUGGAGAAUCUACAGACUUUGAUCAUUAACGUGUUCGAGAGCUGGGUGCGUCUGCCUCGAGAGAUUUGGAGAAUGCAGCAACUAAGGCAUCUAGUCUCCUCAUUUGAUCAAUUGCCUUGCCCACAAGGAGCCACUUCUUUUCCUCUGGAGAAUCUGCAGACGCUAUCCCGAGUAAGCAAUCUCGACUGCACUUAUAGGCUUGUGAAAAUGAUUCCCAACAUAAAGAAGCUGGGAAUAUUGUACUCAUCAAGAUGUGAAUUCGAGCAAAGUUCUUAUCUCGUAGACGAUUUUAUAUCCUCGCAUCCAUCACAGUAUUAUGAUGGUCACUUGGAAAAUCUUAAACAUCUGCAUCAGCUUGAAGAACUGAAGGUGCAGGUGUAUCCAGGAAUUAAAGGGAUGUCUAAUCCUAUUUUUCCUCAGUCGUUGAAAAAGCUGAGCUUGAGAGGUUGGAUAAUUCCCUCAUGGAGAGAUAUGGCGAUUGUUGGUUCGUUGCCUAAUCUUCAAGUGCUUAAACUGAGAGAAUUAUGGUGCGAAGACGAUGAAUGGGAGACCGCUGAAGACGAGUUCGGUAGCCUCAGCUUUCUGCUCAUCGAGAGAUGUGGUCUGCGGAAGUGGAUGACUGGAUCCGAUCACUUCCCAAAACUCAAGAAGCUGCUGCUUCACCAGUGUCCCUAUCUGGAGGAGAUCCCGGCUGAUGUCGGAGAUUUUCCGUCACUUGAACUGAUUGAAGUUGAGUUUGGGAACAGAGAUGUUGUCAACUCGGCCAAAGGAAUAGAGGAAGAACAGAAGGAUAUGGGAAAUGACAACCUUCGAGUUGUUUGCAUCAAUAGUAUGGGAGAUCACACAAGGAUAUAG